GUUAUUUUGAAGUCUCAUUUAUCAGAAAAAGGUCGUGGAGUUGAGUUGUCUGAGUUGCUAGUAUUUAAGAAAAUUGUUAAUGUAGAUGAUAGAUCUGGUGUGGUAUUUGAAAUACAAGGCAGCCAAUUAAUUCCGUGGGUGAAACUUAAUGAUGGCCCUGGUAAUGUUAGUAAAGGAUUUAAAGGGGAAUGGAUGACUGUUAAAGACCAUCAUGUGUAUAUAGGAGGACUGGGUAAAGAGUGGACUAAUCCCUCAGUGAAUUCGUCAAUGAUCAAUCCACAAUAUAUCAAAAAGAUUAGUCCAAUGGUCAUGUGAACACACUGGCCUUGGGCAGCUAACUAUAAUGCUAUGAAAUUACAAGCUGGUUUUAAAUCACCUGGAUAUCUGAUACACGAGUCAGCAUGUUGGAGUGAUGUCCAUAAGAGAUGGUUCUUUUUACCACGACGAGACCUUCCAUUCAAUAAAAUCAAGAAAAAUCACUGUAUAUUUAAAUGUUCUAAUUGUCAUGAUUUCUUGUCUUUUUAUAAUAGAAAUGGAAUCAAUAUCGUGGUUUUUCUCUUCUUUAAAUUUAUACCAGGCACUCAAGAUAGUAUUAUUGUAGCAUUAAAGAGUGAGGAAAAUAAAGGGACUGUUGCUUCAUGUAAGUUAGUAACACACUAUAUACUGGACAUUCGAUUGAAUGGCAAAUUGUUACUUGAAGAGACCAAAGUUGGGGAUUUCAAAUUUGAAGGUAUUGAAUUUUUAUAG